AUGGGAGGCCUCCAAUUCCCACCCGGCAUCGACGCAGACGAUAUGAUCGGACAAGGGAAAAGCGGAAUAGCAGCGCUAGAUUCCAAAACAAAGCUCGUCAUAAAAUUCCCAUACGACACAGACGCGGGACGGGCUGAAUGCGCUCACGAGAAGGAAAUAUAUGAGCGCUUAGAGCGCUCGCCUCUCCCACGACCAUCAUCCCUCUUAAAGUACUACGGCUCCACAGAGCACGGGAUCCUCCUAGAAUACGCAAAGAACGCUCAUGGUGAUGUUGAUUGUGUGAGCUUUUAUGUGGACGAGUUACUGGACCUGAAGGUCGGAGAUUUUACUCGAUCAACCGAUGCUACGCCACAGGCUAUGAAGAAGGAUAUUUCGGAUUUCGGCUCGGCUAUUUAUUAUCUGGUAACCAGUCAGUAUCCUUAUCCAGGAAUGACGGACAAGCAAAUUGAGGAGCGAUUUCAGAGGAAGGAGUGUCCGGAUCUUACGGAUGUGCAGUUGAAAUCGAUUAUUUACCCGUGUUGGGCGGGUCAUUAUGGGAGCUUUGAGGAGGUUUUGGUAGAUGUGAAGGAGCAUAUUCGGCUUCUUUGA